GCCCGCAGCACUGGUCACUCUCUUUUGGGCGCAAAUCGACGAGAGCUGAGGAGUCUGCUGAGGUCAGGCAGGCCUCAGUAAACCUUUAGCUUCCUCUCAACUGAAACACAUCAUGUGAGGCUGGAGACAAACUGGAACUAUUUCACUUUGGGGACCCGUUUGGACUAAAAACUGCACAGGGAUUGUUUUUGACAGUUUCAGGGGUCAUAAUGUCGCCUUAAUCUUGGCUGCAUUUACGCUCUGCUGCUGAAAUAACAUAAAAAAUAACAUCGUUUCCAAAACAUGUACGUUGGAUAUCUACUGGACAAAGAAAGCGGAAUGUAUCACCAAGGACCAGUGAGAAGAUCGAGCAUCAAUCUGCCUCCACAGAACUUCGUUUCCACGCCUCAGUACCCGGAAUUUACCGGAUACCACCAUGUGCCAAACAUGGAAACGCACACACAGUCCGGGACCAGUUGGGGCCCUGCAUACGCCGGUCCAAGAGAGGACUGGGGCGCGUAUAGCCUGGGACCUCCUAACGCCAUUCCACCCCCCAUGAACAACUCGCCUCCUGGACCUGUUCCGUACUGUUCCCCAGACUACAGCCACAUGCACCCGCCCGGGUCUUCGGUGCUGCAGCCGCCGCCGGAUAACGUUUCUGUUGCACAGCUUUCCCCUGACAGGGAGAGGCGCAGCUCCUAUCAGUGGAUGAGUAAAACCGCGCAGUCCUCUUCCACAGGUGAAAAUCUGGUUUCAGAAUCGCAGAGCCAAAGAGAGGAAGCUGAUUAAAAAGAAGUUGGGUCAGUCCGACGGCAGCAGUGGUUCGGUCCACAGUGACCCGGGUUCUGUGAGCCCUCUGCCCGUACCGGGAUCCCUGAGCCCCACAGAGAUCCACAGCUCUCUGUACCCCCCUCCGGGAAUGAACACCCUGCCAUCCAUCAGGAACAUACAGCAAGUGACUGUGACUCAGUGAAAACAGUUCAUGUGGACCUCCUCUCCAAACUGAGCACUCCCAACAGGCUGGCAGAACACUUGACAGGCAGCAAAGUUAAAAA